AGCACAGCUGCACCGAACCCACCUGCUCAGGUCCCAUCCCACACUUGGCAAUGACCCUGGCGGCUUCCUCCCAGCGCUCCCAAAUCAUCCGCUCCAAGUUCCGAUCUGUUCUGCAGCUUCGGAUCCACAGACGGAAUCAGGACCCAAUCUCCUCCAAUUCAGAUCCCUGGAUCUCAGCCUCAGGCUCAGCUCUGGCCCCAGCCUUGCCCUCCGUCCCUGCCUCUUUCUUCUUCAGUCCUGGGGUUCUGCUUCCUGAACCAGAAUAUUGUCCUUGGAGAUCCUCAGAGAAGGACUCUCCCAAGGUCUCCCAGCGCUGGAGGGAGCCCACAUCCAGGGGAAACCUGACAUACCACCAGUACAUGCCCCCAGAGCCCAGACAAGGGCCUAGGGCCGACCCCCAAGUGGAGGGGAAGGCCCUGGGCUCCCCAAGGCCACCUCUGAAGAUGGGACCAAGCUCACAGCCAUCAUAUCCCAAGACGAAGCCCCCGACCCCGGCCCCCUCCCCACCCGGGAUCUCUGGUCCUCCGCCUCCGUCGCACAAACUGGAACUUCAGACCCUCAAACUCGAAGAGCUGACGGUCUCCGAGCUCCGGCAGCAGCUGCGCCUGCGGGGCCUCCCGGUGUCCGGGACCAAGUCGAUGCUCUUGGAGCGCAUGCGCGGCGGCGCCCCGCCCCGCGAGCGGCCGAAGCCAAAGCGCGAGGACAAAGCCGCGGCGGCGGCGGCCGCAGCUCCCUGGCCCCGCCUCAGGCCCAAGGCCCUGGGAACUGCUCGCCGGCAGGGCACGAUUAAGUCAAGUCCUGCGUUCCACAAGCCGCCUCUUCCACGCGUGGCGGAUACAGUGGUGACAGUUCCGGCUCCGGCUUCGGCUCCGGCUCCAGCCCUGGUCCCAGCUCCGACUCCAGCGACGGCCCCGGCUCCAGCCCAAGCCCCGGGCUUGACAACUUCCUCAGCCCCAGCCCCAACGGGUCUGACUCUGGAGGAGGAGCUGCAGGAAGCGAUCCGGAGGGCUCAGCUGCUUCCGAACCGAAGCAUCGAUGACAUUCUAGGAGAUCAGACGGCGCCUGAGGACUCGCUGCCGCCCAUCCCCCUGGACUUCCCGGGCUCCUUCGAUGUACUGUCCCCUUCCCCGGACUCCGAAGGCCUGUCAUCGGUCUUCUCAUCUUCCCUCCCAUCCCCCACCAACUCUUCAUCCCCCUCUCCCGGGGGCCCCACGGAUUCCUUGGACUGGCUGGAGGCCCUGAGUGGGGGUCCACCGUUGGGCUCUGGCCCCCCAGCCCCCAGCAUCUUCUCUGCUGAUCUCUCAGACUCCAGUGUCACCCGGCUGUGGGACCUGCUAGAAGAUCCGUGGUGAUGGAGUUGGUGAUUUCCAGAGACCAACAAUGGGUGGGGUCGAGCAGAGCCCCUCAGGGAGACCCCUCCCCCUCACCCCCCAAUCCCUACUUGGCCCUGAACUGGUGCUCUACAAGCCACCUGCCUGGACUUCACCUGCUUGGCUUCUGUGUACCCCCCCCUUCCACCUUUCCCCAUGGUUGUAUGGUUGGGGA